AUGCCCAUCACACAACACUGGGGCUGGGUCUCCCACCUCCCAGAACCAAUCUUCCCUAUGCAGAGUUGGCGCGCAUCCAAGUUGCAACUGCGAUCUGCUGGCGGUAAUACAUGCGCUGAGAAUCUCUUCGUCAUCUUCAAUGCGCACCUCGAUCCGGGUUCAUCGGUUGAAUUGGUUGGUUGCUUCGCAGUCGUGUCUCCUAUAUCCUGCGCGGCGCUGGGGGAUUGCCGCCCCCCCCCCCAUUUCGCCCAUCUCGAGGACCGCAUCGAGAUCGCGCAUUUCCCUGAAACGCUGGACCCGCACGACCCAGAGCAGCAUGCAGCGCUCAUUACGCGACUUCACCCCUUUGACGGGAUCCUCGCGAUGCGCGAACGCACGCCAUUCAAGAAAGAGACCCUGACUGCACUCCCGAAUCUCAAGCUGCUCCUCACAACCGGCACGCGCAACCUCGCCCUCGACACCGCGUACUGCGCGGAGCGUGGGAUCCCUGUCGCCGGCACCGCCAGUCGGUCGAGCAGCGGCGGGGUGGAUUCCGCCGCCCAGCAUGCGUGGGCGGUGAUCCUGGCGUUGGCGCGACAUGUGGCGCGCGACGACGCAGCGCUUAAACGCGGCGAGGGUCUGGCAGGGGUCACUGGGCGUGACGUUGGUCGCAUUGCGAUCAUGGGGUUUGGGAUGCGAGUGGUUGCGUGGUCAGGCAACCUGACGCAGGAGACGGCGGAGCUCCAGGCAGCGGCGUGCGGGUUGCCCAGGGGCAGCUUCCGUGCGAUCACGGAUAAAUUGCAGUUCUUCGGGCAAGCGGAUGUGGUGAGUCUGCAUCACGUCUUGUCAGAGCUUAGUCGGGGCAUCGUGGGCCGGGCUGAGUUGGCGGCUAUGCGGCGCACCGCGCUCUUGGUGAAUACCUCGCGCGGGCCCUUGAUUGACGAGACGGCGUUGCUGGAGACUCUGAAUGCGGGGGGGGUUGCUGGUGCGGCGUUGGAUGUGUUUGAUACGGAGCCUCUGCCUAGAGAUAGUCCCUGGCGGACAACGGCUUGGGGACGAGACGGACGCAGUGAGGUGCUUUUGACGCCGCAUAUGGGAUAUGGAGAUGAGCAGAUUCACGGUUGGUACGAGGAGGUGGCAGAGAACCUGGAACGGUGGUUGGAUGGGACAGAAUUGAAGACUCGAUUGAAUUAA